CGUUGAUGUUCUUUCAACGGCCGGUUUCGUUCUUCGAAUGUGAUCCAGAAAGAGUGUGUUGCGCGUAUCCAGACGCAAUAAAUUUGCAUUUUUGCUGUGCUAUUUUCUCGACUGAACGAUAAAUUAGUGGCAUUUUUGCGUUUUAAUUGCGUGAAUAUUACGAAUAACGAUCAUUUGAGGUAGUGUAGUACAAGUGGAGAAGUUGAUUUACACGGAAACAGUGCCCACGAGGUGGAAUCUGCCCCGCCAGCAAUGGAAAUCACCGAGAACAACUUUGAGCGUCUCGCCAACUAUCUGCAGCAAACACUGAGCCCCGAUCCAGAAGUGCGCCGACCCGCGGAACGAUUCAUCGAGAGUAUUGAAAUCAGCCAGAACUAUCCGCUGCUGUGUUUGAAUCUGAUCGAUAAAGUUCAGGUGGAUAUCACCAUCCGGGUGGCCGCGGCCAUCGCGUUCAAGAACUUUGUCAAACGGAACUGGGGCUACCACUUGGAGAACGAUGGUCCGGAUAAGGUGGCCGAGUCGGACCGGAACGGCAUCAAGGCGAUGAUUGUGCCGCUGAUGCUGAAGUCGCCGUCUUCGAUCCAGAAGCAGCUCAGCGAUGCGGUGAGCAUUAUAGGGAAGUAUGAUUUCCCGCUGAAGUGGCCGCAGCUGAUGGACGAAAUGAUCGAGAAGUUUGCCACGGGGAACUUCAGUGUGAUCAACGGCGUCCUUCAGACGGCUCAUUCGCUGUUCAAGCGAUAUCGAUACGAGUUCAAAUCGCAAGAGCUGUGGGAAGAGAUUAAGUUCGUGUUGGAUAAGCUGGCCAAACCGUUGACGGAUCUGCUGCAGGCCACUUUGGGUCUAGCCGAAGCUCACGCCAACAAUGAGGAAGCUCUGAAGAUUAUUUACGGGUCACUGGUGCUGGUGUGCAAAGUAUUCUACUCGUUGAAUUCCCAGGAUUUGCCGGAAUUCUUCGAGGAUAAUAUGGACACCUGGAUGAAGGCAUUCCACGGGAUGUUGACCAUUGACAUUCUAUGCUUGAAAACGGGGGAGGAUGAGGACGCAGGAGUCCUGGAGCAUUUGCGGUCGCAAAUCUGUGAGAAUCUUUGUUUGUAUGCCCAGAAGUACGACGAAGAGUUUGGACCUUAUAUGCCCCAGUUUGUGACGGCCGUUUGGGAACUGCUGGUGAAUACCGGCAUUCAGACCAAGUACGACACUCUGGUCUCGAAUGCAUUGAACUUCCUGAGCACCGUGGCCGACCGCAAUCACUACCGACAUCUGUUCGAAGAUCCAAACGUUUUGGCGAGCAUCUGCGAGAAGGUCAUCAUUCCCAACAUGGACUUCCGGGUAUCGGAUGAGGAACUAUUCGAGGAUAAUCCAGAAGAAUACAUCCGACGAGAUAUUGAAGGUUCCGACGUGGAAACGAGACGUCGAGCUGCGUGUGACUUGGUCAAAACCCUCUCCCAAAACUUCGAAUCCAAGAUUAUCGAGAUUUUCGGCCAAUAUUUGCAAGUCCUGUUGGCCAAGUACGCCGAAAAUCCGGCCAAUAAUUGGAAGACCAAGGACACCGCCAUUUAUCUAGUCACUUCGAUGGCUUCCAAAGGUCAAACCCAGAAGCUUGGUGUCACUCAGACCUCAGAACUUGUCCCACUUCCUCAAUUCACCCAGCAACAAAUCAUCCCGGAACUGGAACGACCUGACGUCAACGAGCUCCCAGUUCUCAAGGCAGAUGCCCUCAAAUUCAUCAUGACCUUCCGAACGAUCCUCGGACCGCAAAUCAUCGUGGCCACCUUACCCCUGGUAGCGAAACACCUCGCCGCAGGAAACGUGGUCGUCCACAGCUACGCCGCUUGCGCCAUCGACAAAAUUCUCACCAUGAAAGGCCCCGACAACAAACCGAUCGUCACCAAGGAAAUUCUCGCGCCGCUGAGUGCCGAACUUAUCACCGGUCUGUUUGCUGCGUUCACCGUCCAGGGUUCGAAUGAGAACGAGUACAUCAUGAAGUGUAUCAUGCGCACGCUGAACACCCUGCAGGAGGCUUCGUUGCCUUUUAUGAUUGUGGUGUUGCCGCGGCUGACCGAGAUCCUGACGGUUGUGUCCCGGAAUCCGUCGAAACCGCACUUCAACCACUAUCUGUUCGAAACGCUGUCGCUGUCGGUCAAACUCGUAUGCAAAGCGGAUCCUAACGCAGUCAGCUCGUUCGAAGAAGCGCUCUUCCCAGUUUUCCAGGGUAUUCUACAGCAAGACGUUCUGGAGUUCAUGCCAUACGUUUUCCAAAUGUUGUCGCUGUUCCUGGAAAUCCGCGAAGGGAAAAGUGCCAUCCCGGACACGUACCUUUCGCUGUUCCCGUGCCUCUUGGCACCAGCUCUCUGGGAACGACCGGGCAACGUUACGCCCCUAAUCCGGCUGCUGUGCGCCUUCGUACGGCAAGCUUCUCCCCAGAUCAGCGCCGAUGGAAAGCUGAACGGAGUGCUCGGAGUGUUCCAGAAGAUGAUCGCCUCCAAGAGCAACGACCACGAGGGCUUCUACCUCAUGCAGAACCUGCUGCUGCACUAUCCAGCGGAUGAACUGGGACAGAGCAUGCGUCAAAUCUUCUCCCUGUUGUUCCAACGACUGAGCUCAUCUAAAACUACCAAAUUCGUGCGGAGCUUCAUCGUGUUCUUGUGUCUCUAUGCAUCUCGUGUAGGAGCUCAAGCUCUCGUGCAGCUUAUUGAUAACAUUCAAGCUAAUAUGUUCGGCAUGGUCAUCGAGCGGAUCUUCUUACCGGAUAUCAACAAGGUAUCCGGUGAACUCGAACAGAAGAUUGUCUCGGUCGGCAUCACGAAGCUGCUUUGCGAAACCCCAGAACUUCUAUCGGACGCGUACGUCAAGUUCUGGCCCCAGCUGUUGCAAACCGUCAUCCAGAUCUUUGAACUUCCUCCGGACGAGUCCAACAUUGACGGAGACACCUUCGUCGAGAUCGAAGACGUCCCCGGCUACCAGGCUGCCUAUUCGCAGCUCAACUUUGCCCAGGCAAAACCCAUUGAUCCGCUGCCGGAGGUGGCCAACACCCGUCAGUUCCUCGUGCAGAACCUUGGUAAGCUGGCGCAAUCGAAUCCGGGCAAGAUCGGUGUCCUGGUGGCGUCGCUGCCAGUGGCCCACCAGGAAGCCCUGCAGAAGUACUGCGCCCAAAGUGGGGUGCAAAUCGCUUGAAUUAGCUUCGCUAAAUAACUCGCGCGCGCUGGAUGGUCGUCACAAAGCCAUGUACACUCAUUUUCAUACAUCUACAAUUGAAGCCAACUGCAUUAGACCGUAGGGUAUCAUCAGUGUUAUCGUGUAAGUCAGAGUUUGAAUAAAACUACUAGGUGUUACUUUUUA